GAAAUUUUGCAAAUAAAGAGGCGAGAAGCCCUAGCCAUUGCACCUAUUGGUGGCGGUACUUGGGUGCUUGGCUAUGGUGUUUGAAUGAAAAAAGGGAGGGAAUUAUUCGUUGGUAGUUACAGAAGCCUUCACCAAACACCGAUUUCCCCCAUUCAGUUCCAGCAAACGAUGUCGCAUUCCGAUCCUUCAAACAGAUACUCCUACACCCCCAUUCUAAACUGGAACCCUCAAGUUCACCACUACUUCCUCAAAGCCUACGGCGCCGACCACUUCUCUCGCAUCUCCACCGCGCUAACGCGCCCUUCUCGCUACUCCUGCAUCCGAGUCAACACGCUCAGGUCCACCGGCGACGCCGUCAUCGACAAGCUACGCUCGCUCGUGCCGAAUGCUGACGUGCCACCGGCGCAAUCCGAUUCCGGAGAUGACGUGGCGAAUCCGUUGAAGGAGUGUUCGGCUGCUGCUGCUGCUCCAAUUUCCAAGUGUGAGAUUCCUGGACUUGAUUAUGUGGUGUUUGUUUGGGGUUCGGGACCGCGCCGCAUCGAUUACGGCGAUGCGCCUCCCAAGGAGGUCAUUGUUAGUAGGAAGUGUGCUGAGGCAGUUCUUCGAGGUGCUCAGGUGUAUGUUCCUGGUGUGAUGGCUUGCAGUGCUCAUGUUGAGAAAGGAGAUACAGUUGCGGUUUCGGUUGCUGUGGAGAAGCAGGGUGCUGAUGGGGGAUGGGGUAUUGCUAUGACACGUGGCACUGUUCUCCAAGGAUCUGAGACAGAUCCUUAUUAUUUUGAACGAAAUGGGCUUUAUAUUGGGCAAGGAACAGCAAUAUUGUCAAGGGCUGGGAUGUUCCGAGUUUCUGAAGGAGUUGGUGUGGAUAUGAAGGAUAGAGUAUAUGAACUGCAUUCUUUUCAUAAUGUGCUUGAGGGAGAAAUAUUUCUUCAAAACCUGCCAAGUAUUAUUGCUGCUCAUGCUUUAGAUCCACAAAAGGGUGAGCGGAUACUAGAUAUGUGUGCUGCCCCAGGAGGGAAAACAACUGCAAUUGCAAUACUUAUGAAGGACGAAGGAGAGAUCAUUGCAACAGAUAGAUCUCAUAAUAAGGUGCUGGAUAUUCAGAAAUUGGCAGCUGAAAUGGGCUUGAGUUGUAUAAAGACAUUUAAAUUAGAUGCUCUUAAAUCUGUUUGUCGAAGAGAUGAUAUUGAUACUUUUACUGAUCCGUGCUGUAAUAAUGCCAAAAUUGAUGUGACAAAUCAAGUGUUGGAUUCACCAAAUUUGCAAGUAGAAAGAGUGUCACCCCUUGUUACAGAAGAUAAAGGCAAAAAACCAAAUGGAGGAGCUUAUGUUAGCAAAGCUGACAUCCGGAAGAACAUGCGAAGAGCACGAAAUGGACCUGGAAGAAAUCAGUGUGUGGGUGGUAGGGUUGAUCGUUCAAAAGGUUUUUCUCCUGACAGUUUUGACAGAGUUCUUCUUGAUGCUCCCUGCUCUGCCCUUGGUUUAAGGCCUCGAUUGUUUGCUGGAGAGGAAACAAUUCAAUCUUUAAGAAACCAUGCAAAAUAUCAGAGAAGGAUGUUUGACCAGGCUGUUCAAUUAGUUCGACCUGGAGGAAUAAUUGUCUAUUCCACUUGUACGAUUAAUCCUGGUGAGAAUGAAGCAUUAGUUCGAUAUGCUUUGGAUAAAUACAAAUAUCUGUCAUUGGCACCACAGCACCCAAGAAUUGGAGGACCGGGUCUAGUUGGUAGCUGUGAAUUUCCUGAUGGAUAUAUAGAGGAGUGGUUACGACCAGGGGAGGAAGACCUUGUUCAGAGGUUUGAUCCAUCGUCUCCGCUUGAUACAAUUGGAUUUUUUAUUGCCAAAUUUCUCGUGGGGUCUAAAGAUACCUGACAACUAUUCAUGAGUUGGCGUGGAUAUAUGUUUACUUCAUAAUUGCCACUGAAGGAAGCCAUCAAGUUUUUUUAUGAUUGGCCUCUGGCAACAGUCUGAGAGCUUCUCAUAUGUCCAUUUGGAAAAUGAAUUAAGAAAAUUUCAACAAUCUAGAUGCACGGCGAAUAAGUUGACAACUAUUCAUGAUGUUAUGUACUGUAGCUCCCAUUUUGCAUCUGUGCAUGUACCCAUAUAUUGUCAACUUAUUGGAUUAGUUCGUUUAAAUUUAUUUGUUAAAAAAUACUUAUUUUUUAUAAAAUAAGCAGUUUGUUGUUUUUUUUGUGUUUA